UUUCCACCUUCUCCACGAAUAAUUGUUUGGCCGAAAUUAUUUGAUAUUGAGAUGAAAACGGCUGCAUUGGAUCUUUCAUCCUCAAAGAGGUGUCUGGUUKAUUCUUUGUCAGCUGUUUUAUUACGUAGUUCCGCUAAUCUCCAAGUCAACUGUAGGCUGAGUGAAGCUGUGGAUAGGAUCGCACUGACCCUAUUCUGCUGUAAUGAAGCAGCUUCCGGGCACAGGGCACCAGCAGUAAACAUGGCGGAGGAGCUGUUGGAAGCGGUGGAGAGACUACAGUCUCGGCUCUGCGAGAARUUAGAGCCUCGCAAGCUCCAGAAGACCCUCAAAAGGCUGGGGGAGCUGCCUAUGACUGUGGAUAUCCUUGUGGAAACUGGAGUAGGAAAAACUGUGAAUUCGUUCCGGAAACAUGAUCUUGCUGGAGAUCUUGCGAAGAGCCUUGUGGCCAAGUGGAAGAAACUGGUUCCCACCCCGUCUGCUGAAAGACCCGGCAACGCCAAGGACGUACGGACACAUGCGCACCCUCACAGCUCUGAGGGAAGGGACGUAAGCCACAAACGUGUCCGGGAACUAUCCCCGGAGGAGCCUCCUCAUGUAGAGGAGGAGGAUGAAGAGGAGGAGAUAAUGAUAGAGGAGGAGGAAAGAGGCUACCGCUCCAACUACUCCCCCUCCCCCCCUCAGCACCACUACAGCCCCCCACAGCUCGGCCACGGUGGCCAGCGAGGGGGAUACCAGUCUGAGGGCUACGAGAGCCCCAUGGAGGAAGAGCCAGAGCCCGCGCCCAGCCUCCCUCACAAAGAGGUCCGACACACCAAACCACACAAAGAGCCUGGCAGGGAGCAUCACGGUUCCCACGGCGACCGGGACGAGGAGAGGCGGCGACGUCAUGCCCAGGCGAGCGAUGGUGGCGGCGAAGAGAAGAAGCGCAGCGUGGAGAGGGAACCGCAGCACAUUGGCAAGGCCUCCAAGCACAGUCGGCACUCCACCCCGCACGAGAGCAAGAAGGACAAGAGAGGUGGAAGUGAUGGGAGGUCACGUGAGCCUAGGGACUCCCCUGUAUUAGUCCAAGUGACUGAGGAGCAGGCGGAAGAGGCAUUUGAUACCCCCUCCAUGUCGUUUGAAUCCUUCCUCACAUAUGACGCCCCUACGCCCACUAAGAAGAAGAAGAAGCCCGGCAACAGCAGCAGUCGGUCCUCCUCCCACCACCACACACCUCCUCGACCGCCUGUCCAGCCCUCGCCUGCUGCUCCUUCCUCCUCCAAGGAGGCCAAGCCCAGCAAGGCCAACGGGAGCCGCAGCAAGAGGGCUGAUCCAGCCCAGGCCCCGACAGCAACGACUCCGGUGCCUGAGAAACGCCGGAAGGUGGUCGAGGUUGUGUCCACGCUUCCUGAUAUCUCUCUGCCGGCCAUCCAGCCUUACUACAGACCUCUGCCUUCCAUUGAUCUCACACCAUUGUCCCCUCAGCGGCGUAAAGGUCCUGUGUCAAAUGACGCCGAGGAGGACACCGGCUUCACUGGGAGACGCUUUAACUCUAAAAUGACGGUCUACUCGGGUUCAAAGACGUCCUACCUGCCCAAGAUGAUGAGUCUGUACGAGCAGUGCAUCAGGGUGCUUCAAAACAACAUUGACUCAAUUGAUGAGGUGGGAGGUGUGCCAUUUGAGAUUCUGGAACCAGUACUAGAGCGAUGCACCCCAGAACAGCUUUACCGCAUUGAGCAGUGCAAUCAGUGUUUUAUGGAGGACUCUGAUGAGCUUUGGCAUCGCCACUGCCAGCGGGACUUCAAGCGUGAGACGCCCCAGGAGUACGAGUCGUGGCGGGAGAUGUACCUGCGGAAGCACGACGAGCGGGAGGAGCGCCUUCGCAAACUCACCCAGAACAUCAGUUCGGCCCAUGCCAACAAGCCCAAAGGUCGACAGGUUAAAAUGGCAUUUGUGAACUCCGUCGCCAAACCUCCGCGUGAUGUCCGCCGGCGACAGGAGAAGUUUGGCACCACAAGCACCUCCACUGCCAUCUCCACUGCAGCUGCAGCUCCGAUCAAAAUAAGGCCAGCCGUGUCGUAUAGCUCUCACUCGGCUGAGCCCAGCCACUCCUCCUCUCACGACAGUCCCCCUGAGACCUCUCACUCCUCAGGCCCCAGCGGUGGGGGUGGCCCCAGCGCCAGAGACAACAAACCACAGGUCAAAAAAAUCGCCCCCAUGAUGGCCAAAACUAUCAAAGCUUUCAAGAACAGAUUCUCCCGCCGAUAGAGCUAGAGAGAGAUGAAUGUAUGACGUGAUUGAGAGGAGAGGAAGAGAUUGUAGGAGCUAAGAUCUUUUUAAUUCAAUGAAUUAUGGGUAAUCUACAAAUGCCCACCAGACAUGUGCACACACAUACAGUCGUGGCCAAAGUUUUGAGAAUGACACAAAUAUACAUUUUCACAAGUUUGCUG